AUGGCUACUGUCCCUGCAUUCUCUCUUUCCAGCUUCAAUUCUCCUCGUCCUCCCUCUACUCACGCGCCGCCGGCUUUCAACCCACCUCAAUUCCGGUUCCAAGGCAUAAAAUUCCGAAGCCAAUUCCAAAACAAUCCCUCCUUUUCACGUUUUUCAUUGGCUUCUAAGCUAAAUAAUCAUGGCAUAUUGAGGCCCAUGACUGUAAGGGCCGCGGCGGAUGAAGCAGGAAUCGCCACCUCCGAAGAAGAAGCGUCGCCGGCGGCGGCGGCCGCGGCUGCCGUCUCCGAUCAGACAGUAUCCGUCGCGGUCUCCCCCUCCGACGGGCUGACAAUGUAUUUUCAGGCAGAAGGAACAAUGCCCGACUCUGCUAUUCCUGCGGUUACCAGGGCUUUGGAGGGAAUGGAAGGCAUUUCGGAUCUCAAGGUUCAAGUAGACGAGGGAAUUGCAAGUGUGCAGUUAACAAAGCAAACAACUGUACAAGCUACGGGGGUGGCUUCAAACUUGGUCGAGACAAUACAAGGUUCUGGCUUCAAGUUGCAUACGUUGAAUUUGAGCUUCCAAGAUGAAGAAGAUUUCCCCUAA